AUGGAUACCCUCCCUGCUCACUGGGUUUGGCCUCCUCUUGACGCGCCUGAAGAGCGUCGCGACGGAACAAUGACCAAGCGGAAGUUUAUGGCGCUCUUCGAACUUUUGUUUUGGUUCAAUCUGAAGGUGACCUCGAUCGCGGAUCUCAUCGGGCUGGCGACGUCGACGGUCUCCAUUCAGGUAAAUACCAUGCCAUGUUCUGAAGAACAUCAGGGGGGAAGAACGCAUCAACCCGGCGUGGAAGAGGCGUGCUUGCAGAUUCGAGGCUGCGUUCAGCUAUUCUUUGCGUUUUAA